CUCAUCCAGUUCCUGAUUUCCUUGGUGCAAUCCAACCGAAUUCUCGGGGUCAAGAGGAAGAUCCCCCUGAUGUUGAACGACAGCAGUUCAGCACAUUCCAUGCCCAAGUACAGCCGCCAGUAUUCCCUGGAGCACGUCCAUGGAUCAUCCCCCUACGCAGCCUCCUCCCCCGCCUACAGCGGCUCCAACCUGUAUUCCCCGGAUUCCUCGGCCAAUUCCGGCCCCAUCAUCUCCGACGUGACGGAACUGGCCCAGUCCAGCCCCUCGGCCUCUCCCAGCGGGAGCCUGGACGGAAGGUGGGAUCCCGCUCCCAAAAAAAAAAAAAACAAAACCCUGGAAAGCUCGUGUUCCCGAGCGGCCAAACCCCGUCAGGACGUUGUUAUCCCGCUGGGAAUUCCCUGGAAAACGCCUGGGGUCGGACGCAGAGCCGCGAGCUCGGGCCCCGUUCCCUCAGCCGGGGUUUUUCCGGAGCCUCGGGAUUGUCCCUCCGGAGCGUUUUGGUUCGGGAGCUGCCCUCUGGGCGAGGGGGUGCAGGAAGCAGCUGCAUUCCCGAAAAACUGA